ACACCGGAGUAGAAGCAUUUUCGUAACUUGUUACAUUUUAUUAUUUCGUUCUUUAAUUUUUAGAGAAGAUUCAAUUCUUUUAACAUGGAACAGCUUAAACUAUCACUUCAAUUUUUACUAACACUUCAUCUAUUAGCAUCAGGUGCAGUAUCAACAACAACGUUCACCGUCGUUAACAAAUGCGACUACUCCGUGUGGCCAGGCAUUCUCUCAAACGCAGGAAUCGCGGCGCUUCCAACAACCGGUUUCCUUCUCCAAACCGGUGAGUCCAAAACCGUAACCGCUCCAACCUCUUGGGGUGGCCGUUUAUGGGGCCGUACUCUCUGCUCGCAAGACUCCGCCGGAAAAUUCUUCUGCCUCACAGGCGAUUGUGGCUCCGGCACAAUCGAAUGUGAGGGCAAAGGCGCCGUGCCGCCCGCGACCUUGGCCGAGUUCACUCUCGACGGCGACGGAGGCCUCGAUUUCUUCGACGUAAGCCUCGUGGACGGCUACAACGUGCCGAUGCUGGUGACUCCCCGGGGUGGCUCUGGCGAUAACUGCACCAGCACUGGGUGCGUUGGGGACCUCAACGGCGCGUGCCCUUCGGAGCUUAGGGUCACAAGCGAGGAUGGAAAACAGAGCGUGGCGUGUAAGAGCGCGUGCGAGGCGUUCGGGUCCCCGCAGUAUUGCUGCAAAGGCGCGUAUGGGUCUCCCAACACUUGCAAGCCUACGGCAUAUUCGCGGAUUUUCAAGAACGCUUGCCCACGCGCCUACAGCUACGCGUAUGAUGACAGGACUAGCACUUUUACAUGUGGACACUCUGCGGAUUACACCAUCACCUUCUGCCCUUCCCCUAAAGAUAACCCCAGUCAGAAAUCGUGGCAGGGGCAAAACCCGAAAUCAGAUAGCAGUAAUGAGGGGCAAAACCCAAAAUCAGAUAGCAGCAGUAAUUGUUCUUCUUCUUCUUCUGAGUCGCCGCCAGUUAACAAUGGCACAAUGGUGUAUAUGGACGAAAGUGAAUUUUCAUGGUCAGUAGGUACCCAUGUGACUGUGAAGGAAUCUCAAGCCAUUGCUGGUUUUGUCAGUAUCACCAUUGCUCUUUGGCUCUUGUGCAACUUAUAGUAACUACUUCCUCCUUCACCUUUUUUCUAAAUAUUAUUCCCAUCAUCAACCCAUGUUUCUAUGCCUAGGAAACUGGUCGGAUCCUAUCCAUCACUUGUCUGGUUUAAUAUGUCCUCGUGGCCCACGUGAGUUGAGCAGGGCCCACAAGCAGCAACCAUGAUCAAAGCUUACAAGCAUGCGGGUCAUUUUAAAUGCACCCCUCGAUGGAACUCCACCACCUUCCAAGUUGUUUUUUUGUGCCAAAAAGAAGAAUCCGAUGUUGUAGCUAUGGUUAUUGUUGCUCAAUGGUGAAGAUAGAUAAAUAGGGAGUGGGCAUUUGAAUGAUCUUUUUCCCUUGUAGUUUUCUUGUUUAGUUAAAUAGGUAUACUGCAUAAUUCUUUGCAUUCAUUUACUGCCAUCUCUACUUUCACCAUGCUACUAGCGUCACAGAAUUGGUGAUGUUUUUUGAAGCCUAUCACCCUAACACAUUCAAAACUUUGCUCAUCA